AUGUUGACCUUCGAGGGAAACGAGUUCCUUGGAACUGCUAGCAUUAUGGGAAAGAUCACUAGCAUUGGAGCCACGUUUGCUCAUGACAUCAAGUCCACGAACGUCCAGCCCACCAGUGACGGAAGUGUUCUCAUUUGCUGCACUGGAAUGAUUCGAAUUGACGACAACCAGCCCAUGAUGUUUGCCGAGACCUUCAUUAUCCGUGACAGUGGUAACAAUCAGUACUACGUUCAUAACGAUAUUUUCCGUUUGAUUUUGGAAUACCAUUGUUUGUUCCAACAAUUAUUCGAGUAUACACGUUAG